GCCAUGAAGCUGGAGCUCUUCGCGCCGCCCGACGACGACAAGCUCAGCGGCAGCGACCAGGAAGGCGGCGGAGGCAGCAGCGGCGGCAGCAGCGCGGCGUCCCCGCUGGCGGCCGGGAGCGAGCUGGGUUCCGACGGGGACUGCGCCGCCUUCAGCCCGGCCGGGGCUCCACCGUCCUCCUCGGCGGCGCUGCCUCCUGCGGCUGCUGCUGCUGCUCGCCCGGCCGCGGGGGCUGCUCCUGCUUCGGCGUCGGGGGGGAAGCCGUACACGCGCCGCCCGAAGCCGCCCUACUCGUACAUCGCGCUGAUCGCCAUGGCCAUCCGGGACUCGGCGGGGGGGCGCCUGACGCUGGCCGAGAUCAACGAGUACCUGAUGGGCCGCUUCGCCUUCUUCCGCGGCGCCUACACGGGGUGGCGCAACUCGGUGCGGCACAACCUCUCGCUCAACGACUGCUUCGUGAAGGUGCUGCGCGACCCGGCCCGGCCGUGGGGCAAGGACAACUACUGGAUGCUCAACCCCAGCUCCGAGUACACCUUCGCCGACGGCGUCUUCCGACGGCGCAGGAAGCGGCUCAGCCGGGGCGCCGGACCCAACGCCAGCCCCACUGCGGCCGGCCCGCCGCCGCUGCCACGGCCCCAGCCCGGUGCGCCCCAACCCCUGCCCGCUUCGACGCCGGCGCCAGCCCGCGCCUCCGCUCCGCCGCCCUCCGGCUCCAAGUUCCGCAGCUCCUUCGCCAUCGAGAGCCUCCUCAGCCGCCCUUUCCGGCCACGCCGCCCGGCCACGCCGCCUGCCGAGCGCCCCUCGCCCUGGUCCGCCCCGUCGGGCUACCCGCGCCUCCUCCCCCCGCCCGGCCUGCCCUGCGCGCUCGUGCCCACCUUCCAGGCGGCGGCGGUGGCCUCCCCUCUCUACCCCUUCGGGCUGGCGGACCCGCUGCUGCUGGAAGGCGCCCGGCCGGAGCCGCUGACCCCCGGCGACCCCCGCAAGGCCCUGCCCGCCGCCCCUUCGGACGCCUGGCCCCGGGUCCCGCUCGGUCUCCCGCCGCUCUACUGCCCCCUCCGGCUGCCCGCGGCACUGCAGCACCUCGCCUCCUACCGCCCUUAUCCGCUGGAGAGCCCGCCGGCGUGAUGCUGGAGCGCGCCGAAGACCCUCCCCCCACCCCACCCCCGAGGAGGCACUUCAGGACUGGCCUCGGGGGUCGCUUCGCCCUU